AUGAAGUUUUCCUCUUUUAUCACCGGCGCCCUUACCGCCUGCGUGCUCACCACCACAGCCUCUGCUGCUAGCGGAUACACCAACGGAACCACUACACUGGCUCCGGUGUCUAAGUCUGCCUCUACGAUCACGGAGCUCACAACCGAUGGCGACCUCACUUCCACAGUCACGCUUUUGACUACGAUCACCUACGCUCCUACCACCACUGCAUCGGCGGCGUCGAGUUCCGACGGCUCCGCUGCCAGCGAUGGAACCCUGGAUCUGAACAGGAAGGACGGUCAACUUGGCUCGACUUCGUCCACUGACAUGUGGUCUACCUUAACGUCGACUCUCUACGUUACGCAGGAGGUGACCAUGUCGGGUGCCUCGGGCAGCAACAGCAACGCUGUUUCCACUUCGACCAGUGCAUACGAAAAAAUCAUCGUCAUUGGUACUUCUACGCCCGCUUGCGUGCCACAAACCGUCACGGUGACUCAGUACCAAGCCACCCAGUACGUGACCGUCACCGCGGGACAAUCGACCUCUUCAGCCGGACCUAUUAUUUCCAGUAACUCUGCUAUCUUUUCCAACCAAACCACUUACUAA